AUGUUAGACAAGAAAGCAGACAAAACAGAGCUUCAAACAUUAAAGACAGAAAUGCUUCAAACAUUAUAUCCUAUAGGCUCUAUUUAUACGUCAAUGAACUCUACCAGACCAGAAGUAGUACUUGGUUUUGGAACUUGGACUCAAAUAGUCGACAGGUUUUUGUAUUGUGCAAACUCUUCAAAGGAAACAGGUGGAAGUAAAACGAUUUCAGGUGAAAAUUUACCUGCACAUAGUCACUACAUAGAUUUAAGUACAUCUCAAGCAGGUUGGCAUAAGCAUAGAUAUUGGGAUUGGUCAGCAAUGACAAAAGGUAAAGGAUAUGAUGUUAAAGACAACGUUAAGUUUGCUAUAAAUUGUUACUGGAGUAACACUGAGGGAGGAGGAAACCAUACACAUCGCGUUUCGGGAUAUACGCAAACAACGGGACAAAGUAAAGACUACAUGCCACCUUACAUGACAGUUUACGCAUGGUAUAGAAAUGCUUAG